AUGCCCAUCCUCGGUCUCAAAUCCCCUGGUCCCUCAAAUCCAGCUCACUUCUCCCUUGAACCUCUCAUCCGACCCAAUAUCCUCGCUCUCCAGCCAUAUAGGUGCGCCCGAGACGAUUACUCUGCUGGAGUUCUCUUAGACGCCAAUGAAAAUGCUAUCGGUCCAUCUCUCCCCUCUCUCGCCAAAAACACCGAUCCUGGACCAAUCGCUGCUCAGACUCUUUCUUUGCUUUCGGACGAAGAAGUCGCAAGUCUCAACAGAUAUCCAUCACCCACUCACGAUGAUUUGAAACGAUCUAUCGCCAAGUUCAGAGGUGUACCGAAUGAAGAAUGGGUCUUUCUCGGCGUGGGCAGUGAUGAAGUGAUAGAUAUGCUCUACAGGGUCUUGUGUGUACCCGGAAAAGAUCGAGUCAUGACCUGUCCGCCUACAUACGGAAUGUACAAGGUGACUGCCAACGUGAACGAUGUGGGGGUGUUGGAGGUACCCUUGAUCACCGAGGAUGGAGCAUUCCAGCUUGACGAGAAAGCCAUGAACGAUGCAUUCAAAGCGAACCCCGAUCUCAAGAUGCUCUUCAUCUGCUCGCCUGGUAACCCUACCGGUACUCUCAUCCCGCUCGACGUAAUCAAACGAGUCCUUGAGAACCCCUUAUUCAAAGGUGUGGUAGUGGUCGACGAAGCUUAUAUCGACUUCGCUCCCGAAAACAACAGUGCCGCCAGCUUGGUCAACGAAUACGCAAAUGUCUGUGUCACCCAGACAUUGAGUAAGAGUUUCGGACUUGCGGCUAUCAGAAAGGCUUUGGUCAAUGCUUUAUCAGAGAUUAAAGGUGUCGGUAGAAUCCUUGGAGGCAAUCACGCCAACUUUGUGCUUUGUGAGAUCCUCGAUGAAGAUGGGAAACCCAGUAACAAGAAAGCUGUAGAGGUAUACAAGACCAUGGCGGAGUCGAGAGGGGUGGUGGUCAGAUUCCGAGGAUCUGAGCGUGGGUGCGAAGGGUGUCUGAGAGUCACCGUUGGUACCGAGGAAGAAUGUCGAAAAGCUGCCCAACAGAUAGCUGCAUUGCUUGAAUAG